AUGAUAAACUCGCCUGAGCAUAACAGAAGUCCUUUUGAGGCCAACGAUUUUCAAGUACUGCAUCCGGGGGCGAAAGUCGUCCCCCGAAUGAUAAGCCUGGUCAAUGACCUGCCGGACUCAGUUAUGUUCGAGUUGGAAACAAAUUUUCCAGAAAUAUUUGCGCUGUUCGAAAAGUGCUUUGUCAUCAGAAGUGGAAACAGCGUCGACGUUGCUCUGAAAAUAGCAAAAGGAACUGUCGUGGUGGCUAAGAGCGCUGUUGAGAACUUGAUUUUGACCAUAACGGCUCGGCGAAUAAGACGCCCGACUCUCUCUGUUUCCAAUGGAAUUCACUGUCAUGCAUGGAGGAAGGCGCCGGCUAAAAAGCUUGAAGUUAAGUUGAAACUCAUGAACGGUCCUGCUUUGCAAGAAGGACAACGGUUUCCUGCUCUACUUGAUCCCAGAAGCGCCCUGGAAGCUUUUAAUAUGCGGUUUAAAAUGAAUAAACUUGGAUUAGAUUAUUCUGAGAACCUCCGACCAGACGUCGACACGAGCCAGUCGGCACAAGUUGAUGAUGAUGAUGGCGAUGACGACGGGCUAAUUGUCAGAGCAACCACUGAGCUCCCCGCAGAGGAGCCGCCCACGAGCAGCGUUCGAAAUCAUGACACAAGCAGCAAUUCCGGUACUGAUGGUUCUAGUGACAGUGGAAAAGAGGGCAAUGAUGUACAGAAAAGUAGCUGA